AUGGCGAAGUCGGGAUACGCCGAGGGGCUGCUCGCCCUCGUCGACAGGACGGUGUCCGUCAUCACGAACGACGGCCGGAACCUCGUCGGUCUCCUGCGCGGCGUGGACCCGCUGACGAACCUCGUCCUCGCCAGCUGCCAGGAGCGGAUAUUCACCGAAGAGGCCGGCUGCGCCACAGCUGACCUAGGCCUGUACCUCGUCCGUGGAGACAACGUGGCCGUGGUCGGGGAGCUCGACGAGGCGCAGCACGCGCAGCUGGACCUGUCGGACGUCAAGGCGCCGCCACUCAAACCAGUCGUCUUGUAG